CACGGACAGCUUGGUGAUGGUCAACUUCUACAACGCCUACGUGACCUGCAGUGACAAAGCCAAGCUGUCCGACGUCGCAGACCACCUGGACUAUGUGAAGAAGGUGGCUGGUGCCAAGGCUGUCGGCUUCGGUGGGGACUACGACGGGGUCACAGGGGUCCCCACUGGCCUGGAGGAUGUCUCCAAGUAUCCUGCCUUGGUGGCCGAGCUGCUGGCGAGGAACUGGACAGAGGACGAGGUGAAGGGGGCCCUGGCUGAAAACCUGCUCCGGGUCUUCAGGAAAGUGGAGGAGGUGAAGAGGAACCUGCAGGACACAGCUCCCCACGAGACCCCCAUCGCCUUCGAGGAGCUGGAGGGGUCGUGCAGAACCAGCUAUGGGUACUCCAACGGUGCCGGCACCGCCCAGCGCCCGCCGGCAGCCCUG